GGUUGCCCAAAUGGAGUGCGUUCAUUUGUCCACGAAUCUCUCGAGUACGGUAUGCGCGAGUGAGUAUUAAUAAGAUCUGGAGUUUGACCGAAGACGGCCUGGCCUUAACCUCAGACACAGCGGAGAAGACAGAACCCUAAUUCUCCACAGAAACCUAGCUCAGGGUCCGAAGCCUCACUCCGAAGCUUCUUCCGGCCCUGGAAGCAGGUCUCGCGAGUCUCGAAGCGCCAACAUAAGAGUCCGGAUGCUGGAUGGCGAGCAAGCUGACCGGCACGGACCAGAUACAUUGAGCGACUUUGCGUAGCGCCACGUAGAGCAGCUCUGAGACGCAGAACAAUGGGCGAGUGCGCGUCCAAUGGAACAGCAACAUGACGCCAGUUCCUAUUCAGUUGAGAACGUGGCAAAUUGCCAUUCAGCGUCGGGCAGAUGCGUACGUUCUGGUUCGUUGCGGUCGCAGCUCGGGCGCAAGUGGAACUAUAAAUUUAUUUGAACGCUCGAGAUUUUACUUGCCGGGCACAUUGCGCAGGCGCCAGGGAGAUCUGGUGCGGGUUGUUUGUCCACAGCGGACACGGUCACAUGGCGAAAGUAAAAUGAACUGGCGCAUGUCCCGGUCAUUCUUCGAAGCUGGACGUUUCUUUAUUCAUGAUGUCAUUUUUGUUGACCCAAGCAUUGUGACUCGACAGAACGAGCCCCCCGUUCGGUUCUUCCACCGGACUCCUCUGCUAACAUACGUAAAAUGUGACCCUAUCGAUGACACUUUACUAGAUGCCGGACACGACGGCUUUCACUGUUUGAGCGAAAAUCCAGACCGAUUGUUCCUGAUCAUCAAGGGCAAGCGGCAAUAUGUGCUAUUCAAUCAAUGA